UCCCACCCCACGGCCACAGAGUCACCGUGUCACGAGCCUUCGAUCUUUUGACCUUGCUCCCUCUCCUCCCUUCGCCUUCUUCCGAGGUCCCCCCCCCCUAAAAUACCCACUAUCACCCUCUAAAGAGGGCCUCCCAGCCGGCCGGUCAGCAAACUCAGUGAGCUAGCGAGUCCGCCCAGCCAGACCCGCCUGUUUCGCGCCUGCUACCCACUGACAUUGCCGCUGCGCCUGCUGCUGACACCGCUGCAACGUCUGCUUCUACGGCUAUUGCUGUCGCUAACCACCACCUGCAUCACCACCAAAAAGAGUGACUGCGCAGCACGUGUAUCUCUGUGUUUAGCGUUUGCGUUUUGCAUGGUGGUGGCAACGCAACACCAGCCCCAUUUCCUUUUUCUCCUCUUCGUUGUCCUCCAAUCAACCCAUUCAAACCUCAGCAACACUUCCCUUGCGCAAGCUUGCAGAGCGCACCUGGAGGCGGCCUAGUGAUGUGUCAAAACUAUCCGAUGCGCGUUUCAUGAAGUCAUCUUGUUUUCCUGAAAUUCGACGCGACGAUACGAGUUGAAGAAGCCUUUGCCGUCCCUUUUCAUCCGCGGUGCAGGGAGAGAGCAGAGUGACGCGCAGCGAAGACGCACACGACAUUAGAAGAGAGGACGCAUUCGGCGAGCAAGUGAGACGUUCCAGGUCUGCGCCGCCCUUCGUUGGCGCGCGUUAGGAAGUGGUAGGAAAGGAUGAGCGCAACCCGCCUUGAUCGCUUAGUCAUCCUGCUCGAGACCGGCAGCACUCAGCUCAUCCGAAACACCGCAGCACAGCAGCUCGCUGACGUCCAGAAACAGCAUCCUGAUGAGCUGUUCAACCUCCUUACCAAAGUCAUUCCGUUCCUGAGGUCCAAGACAUGGGACACCCGCGUGGCUGCCACCAAGGCAGUCGGUGGCAUCGUCGACCAUGCCGAAAAAUACGAUCCCAACGAUGAUGACGGCGACCUCAAGACCGAAGCCAAUGGCCAUGGCCCAGACGACGCCAACUUCAAGGUUGAAGAGCUAACUAUCAACGACGACCAGCUACAGCUCGAGACUCUCGACGUGGCUUCUAUCCUCAAGAAGGGCAAGCCUCUGCUCGGAAGCGCCGGUAAGGAGUACGACUACCAGUUCGUCGGCAUGGAUCCUUCUCAGCGUUUGGCCCACCAGAAAAAGACUUUGACCUCGCGGCUGGGUUUGGGGAGCGACUUCAUCGAGGACGAAUUGGGUGAGAUGAUCACGUCGAAAGACGUUGACACGCCCAUGUAUCCGAUGCCUACUCCUGGCGGAGCUUCAAAGUUGGACACCAAUGUCUCACGCCACAAUAGCGUUGCCUCGCCACUAGCAACGCCCACCGAAGCCAAUGGUGAGGAGACGGGCGGUCUGAGCAAGCGCCAGCUCAACAUGCUCAAGCGCAAGAACAAGCAGCGGCUCAAAUCGGAGGCGAACAAGGUACGCAUUGUAGACUUCUCCGAGCGCAGAUCAAGCAUGGCCGACGCGGACACGCCCGCCCAACCUCAGGCUGUCAAGCUCGAGGUCAAGAAAGAAGAAGGUGACGAUGGAAUCAAUGACUACUUCUCUCUUGAACGCAAGGGCGGCGACGAUGAAUCCACGUUGGUCAAGGAAUUUAAAGGCUUGCCAGUACCUGAAAAGUCGGCCUUCGCGACCGAAGCCGAAGUCAAUGGAUCAGAGUGGCCCUUUGAACGCCUGAUGGAGUUUCUCACUGUGGACCUCUUCGAUCACGCAUGGGAGAUACGCCACGGUGCAGCCAUGGGUAUUCGUGAAAUCAUUCGUGCCCAUGGUGCGGGUGCAGGACGUCAGCGAGGCAAAACUCGUGCCCAGAACGACGUUCUUAAUCGGAGAUGGCUCGAGGACCUCGCAGCACGGCUGUGUUGCGUGUUCAUGCUCGACCGUUUUGGAGAUUACGUCUCUGACAACGUGGUGGUUCCUGUACGAGAGACAGCGGGCCAAGCGCUCGGUGCUGUCUUGCAGCACUUACCGGCCUCAUCUGUCAAGGCCGUUUUUGGUGUCCUUCGUCGCUUGCUACCAAUGGAUAAGACGAACGGUGCCUCGACGUGGCAACCCUGCCACGGGGGCAUCCUCGGUAUGCGAUACCUCGUCGCUGUUCGAAACGACUUGCUUUUGGAGCAACCAGAUCUGCUCGACGGUGUCCUGGAAGCAGUUAUGCGAUGUUUGUCAGACGAGGACGAUGAUGUGCGUGCUGUCAGUGCUGCUACACUAAUCCCUAUCGCAAAGGAGAUUGUCACAACCCGCCCGCAAAUUCUGAACCAGCUCAUCGUCGAGGUUUGGAAUUGUCUGUCGAAUCUGAGCGAUGACCUGAGUGCUAGCACGGGCUCUGUCAUGGACCUGCUUGCCGCGCUGUGCUCUUACCAAGAGGUUCUCGAGGCCAUGAAGAGCAACGCAGCCCAUGAUCCGGAACUCUCGUUCGCGAACCUAGUGCCACGUCUGUUCCCCUUUCUUCGGCAUACCAUCUCCACGGUCCGUAGCGCAGUGCUUCGCGCAUUGCUUACGUUCCUCAAUAUCAAGGGUGCCGGCACUGAAGGAUGGAUCAACGGCAAGGCCCUCCGCUUGGUUUUCCAAAAUUUGCUCGUUGAACGUGUUGACAAUGUUCUGCGAUUAUCCUUGCAGGUCUGGAAUGGCCUGGUCGAUUACUUGGCUGUGCAAAGCCCGGACACGUUUGCGGCCGAAUUUGGACCACACAUUGCUCCCCUGAUCACUCUCGUCAUGCAUCCCAUCGGCGUUGCUCGUCACAACCUGCCAAUGGAUGCCACGCUUUUUGUACGCCCGUCGGGCCAGACGUAUGUACUACCAACCAACGGCGCACGUAAGGCCUCGCCUCCAGCUUCAGGCGACGGGUCGAAGAAACGUAGAAGGUCUGAUAAGAAGGAACGCGAUGUCAUCCCGAGCUCCAUAUCCCACAACAUCGACGCGCCAAUGAUGCAAGGCGAGGUCGAGCUUGUCGGAGCGGAAACAUUGAUCCGGUCGAGAUUGUUCGCCGCUCAAGCGCUAGGCAAAGCAAUGUCAGUGUGGCCAAAGGCCUCCAGAUCAUCCUCAUUCGGACCUCACAUCAUCCCACACUUUACAUCGCCAAAUUCCUCCACCCAGAUGACCGCUGGUAUAGUCGUGGAGGAGUAUGCAAAAGCUGUGGGUGAGGACAGAGACGAGCUUUGCACUCAGUUCGCAGCCGGCCUGCUGCCGAUGGUUGAAGGUGAGCGACCACCUGCCUACAGUGAUCUUAAAAGCUUCCUUCAUGUUGUACGUGCGCAGUGUCAAUCCCUGCUCAACACGUUCCGCGAUCAGGCCCACGUUUUGCCGAGCCGCUUGCCCACGAUGCCGGCUCUCGUUCAGGGCGACGAGAAUGCAAGCCAAUUCGCAUUUUCCAUCGCAGACGCAGAGAAGAUAACUGGCCCUGACUUUGAGAGAUUGAAGAAGGGCUUAUCACCUGCACAACGAGUGGCUACUACGCAGCAGUUGCAGGCAGCGCAAUCUGACGCGCUGAAAGCGAUCAGUGACGCGAAAUCCAUCAAGGAAGCACGCGAAGUGCGGAUCAGAGCCGCUGCUGCCGCGGCACUUGUUGCGCUAGAUGCCAUACCAAAGAAACCAUCACCGACGAUCAAGGGCAUGAUGGACAGCGUCAAGACAGAGGAGAACAUCGAUCUGCAGAAGCGCUCGGCGCUUGCAGUAGCUUCACUUAUCUCUCGACAGGUUGCCGUUGGGAAGUCAGGCGUCGUGAACAAGGUGGUCAAUAACCUCUGCCAGUUUUACUGUCAGGACACGAUGGAAACGCCAAUAUUCAGCAUGAACGUGUCCAUGGUUGAUGGCAUCUUGUCGCUUGGUAAGGACGAGGAUAUUCAAGAGCGCGAUAACCAGGCCAAAUUUGAAGAGGAUACUAGGCUCCAACGCAUCCAGCGCCGGGGUGCAAGAGAAGCCUUAGAGAACCUCGUUGCCGACUUUGGCGCGGAGCUGUUCGACAAGAUCCCCAGUUUGAGGGCCAGGAUUGAAGAGCCUAUACGCGCCGCCUUCGAGCCCGAAGCUCUCCCUGCUGAGAUAAUCGAUAUCGAAAAGUCGGAUCUAGGCCAGCAAGUUGUGGAUGCAUUUUCCGUCCUUCGUGCCCUUGUUCCCAAAUUCCAUCCUGAUCUUCACGGCUUUGUUGAGCAGCUCAUGCCUCUAAUAGCAAAGGCCCUACAAACGCGUCUAGGAGUCUUGCGCUACAUGGCUGCCAAAUGCUUCGCUACCAUUUGUAGCGUUAUGACGGUAUCUGGCUUCACGAUGCUGGUUGAAAAGGUUCUACCAUCAAUCGGGAACGCUCUCGACGUGCGAUGUAGACAAGGCGCCAUCGAAUGCAUCUAUCACCUUAUCCACACCAUGCAAGAACGCAUCCUACCAUAUGUUGUCUUCCUUGUCGUCCCCACUUUGGGCCGUAUGAGCGACUCCAAUGACGACGUGCGCCGCAUCGCUACGACAACAUUUGCGCAUCUAGUCAAGCUCAUGCCGCUUGAGGCUGGCGUUGAAGACCCACCAGGUUUGUCUCAGGACCUUCUCAAGGGCAGAGAGCGCGAGCGCAAAUUUAUCACACAGAUGCUAGAUCCAAAGAAAGUAGAAGAUUUUCCCAUACCCGUGGCCAUCAAUGCAGAACUUCGGCCGUACCAGCAAGACGGCGUCAACUGGCUUGCGUUUCUCAAUCGCUACAAUCUGCAUGGUAUCCUCUGCGACGAUAUGGGCCUGGGCAAGACGCUUCAGACUUUGUGCAUGGUCGCAAGCGACCACUACAAUCGUGCAGAAGAGUACAAGAAGACAGGGGCUCCUGAGAAGAGACCUUUGCCUUCACUUAUUGUCUGUCCCCCAAGUUUGUCGGGCCAUUGGCAACAAGAGAUCAAAACCUAUGCGCCUUUCUUGUCUUUCGUUGCGUUCGUCGGUCCGUCCAGCGAGCGUGCACGUAAGAAGGCCGAUCUUCCCAACGUCGACAUUGUCAUCACCUCGUACGAAGUGUGCCGCAACGAAAUUGACGUCCUAAGCGCACUUGAUUUCAACUACUGCGUUCUUGACGAGGGCCAUCUUAUCAAGAAUCCGAAAACGAAGACUACUAUCGCUGUCAAGGAGAUCAAGGCGGAGCAUCGCCUCAUUUUGUCGGGCACGCCUAUCCAAAACAAUGUCCUAGAGCUGUGGUCUCUGUUCGACUUCCUUAUGCCGGGCUUCCUCGGCUCGGAAAAGGUGUUCAAGGAUCGUUUUGCCAAGCCGAUUGCUGCUUCUCGCGGUGCCAAGUCGAGCAGCAAGGAACAGGAAGCAGGCGCACUCGCCAUCGAGGCCCUGCACAAGCAAGUUCUUCCGUUUCUCCUGCGCCGCCUAAAAGAGGAAGUACUCAACGAUCUACCGCCUAAGAUCCUGCAGAACUACUAUUGCGACCUGUCCGAUCUGCAGAAGAAGCUCUUCGAGGACUUUAUCAAGAAGGAAGGCGCCAAAGUCAAGGCCUUGGCUGGUAGUGCAGACAAGGAGGGAAAGCAGCACAUCUUUCAGGCUCUGCAGUACAUGCGUAAACUAUGCAACUCUCCGGCCAUGGUGUUCAAAGAGGGGCAUCCUCAGUACGAGCAGUUGACUGCGCAACUUGCACGGGAAAAAACAUCACUCCGAGACCCAAUUCACGCACCGAAGCUCGGAGCCCUGAGAGAUCUGCUUGUUGACUGUGGCAUUGGAAUCGCCGACGUGGAUAAAGACAAGGGUUCUAACCCGGCUUUAGAGCCCAUUGAAGCUGUAAGCCAGCACCGUGCUCUCAUCUUCUGCCAGAUGAAGGAAAUGUUGGACAUGGUUCAGACAGAAGUGCUGCAGAAGAUGCUUCCGUCUGUGCAGGCGCUACGUCUGGACGGUAGUGUUGAGGCCGGCAGGCGUCAGGACAUUGUCAACCGCUUCAACAGUGACCCCAGUUACGACGUUCUUCUAUUGACGACGAGUGUUGGCGGUCUCGGAUUGAAUUUGACAGGUGCUGACACGGUCAUCUUUGUGGAGCAUGACUGGAAUCCGCAAAAGGAUAUGCAAGCUAUGGACCGUGCCCAUCGUAUCGGUCAAAAGAAGGUUGUCAAUGUUUACCGCAUCGUCACUCGGGGUACAUUGGAGGAAAAGAUUCUCAACCUUCAACGCUUCAAGAUCGACGUUGCUAGCACGGUUGUCAACCAGCAAAACGCAGGUCUUGGUACUAUGGAGACGGAUCAGAUACUUGAUUUGUUCAAUGUCUCCUCUUUGGCUAGCGAAGACGCGGCGCCAAUGCCUCCAAAUGAGAACGCACCUAUAUCUGAAGAAGAUGCCGUUGAUGCGGAGGGAAAUGUCAGGGAAAGGGGCAAGAAGGGCUUCCUGGACGACAUUGGCGAGCUGUGGGACGAACGGCAGUACGAAGAAGAGUACAAUCUUGACGCAUUCCUUGCAAGCAUGAGGUCUUGAAAAAGAAAGAAAAGUUAGCAUAUUAUUGUAAUAAGAGCAGGGCGUAGGGUAGAUUCGGGGCAAAUGUGCAUUUCGGCCAUUCCGUGUACAAUAACGAACAACAUCUCAUUAGCAUGGCGUUUUUUCCCUCGGAGGGACGGUGGCCGCAUUUGACUCGGUUCGGGGUUAUCAAGUGAACGAGUCUGCAUUGCGUGCAUUUGAUUAGGGAAGUCGUCAUGGCUUCAAGAAACUUGAGCAACACCAAAAAACAGACCGAAUCUUGCAUUUGUAAACAAUUUUUCCAAUCCCC